CUGACAAAUUAUACUGACAGAUAGCAGUAAUUUUCGAUAGCAAUAAUUUUCUAUCGCUGAAAUACUUUCGUGGAAGGUGCGCGUGUGCGCUAUAAUAUAUUACCAAGAAUGUUAAGAUAUUUCACGAUUGUGUGAUACGUUUGCUUGAGUGAAAUAUGGUCUCUUUACUCACACAAGACGGCGGAAAUUUACGAGAAUUGUAAAAAGUGAUUACAACACAUGUCACGAAAAUUUGACGGCGCAAGAGAUACCGUCCUUCAAGGAGUUCGCAAGCAUACAGAAAAAGUCAUACGACCUGUAGAAUUCUGCGGGAUAGGAAGUAUUUUUCACGGAAAAACAUUUCUUCAUCGAAUCCUUUCAGAAGGAAGAUUGUACAUACGCGGAGUUUGAUUAAGAAUCGUCAUAUCAAAUUCACGAGCGAGCGCGAAGCCCAGCCCCGCCGACGAGCAGCAGAUCAGAGCAGAUUCAACAGAAAGACUUCAGCCACUGUUCGACCACACCGGCCUGACAUUCGACAAAACUUCUUGUCGAACGCAAAGGCUCGAUAUCUGAUUCUUUUAACCAAACGGCUUCACCCACACGCGCCGACAUCGUAGAAUGGUAGAAGGUGAACCCGACACAAAGCGCAAUAUCAAGUGUGAUGUAAAAGACGAGCGACUAAACGGUUGCGGUUCUAAGGAACUCGAACUUGCCUGUAUCGGAUUAAAAGGCAAAACACUCGAUCCAGAGAAGGGAUCCUAUGUUCAAGCUGAUUUCGAGAAGGCCAUCGAACUAAGCGAAUAUGGCAAGUUUCACUACUUCCUACUCGCGGUGUGCGGCUUUGUUAGCACCAGCGAGGAGAUGGACGUGAUCUCUAUGUCCUUCAUCUUGCCGAGUGCGCAAUGUGAUCUGAAGCUCGACACUCAAGCAAAAGGAUGGCUCAACUCGAUCAUCUUUAUCGGAAUGAUGGCCGGGGCGUACGCUUGGGGUUCCAUAGCGGACGCUCUCGGUCGUCGGAAGGUCCUGAUCGCCAUCUCGUUCAUGAACGCUCUGUGCAUUGUUGCUUCUAGCUUCAGUCAGACGUAUGAGCUCUUCAUGUUGUUCCGUUUUCUGAACGGUGCAGCGCUAGGAGGUAGCGGACCGGUCAUCUGGUCGUACUUCGCUGAAUUUCAGCCGAAGUCUAAACGCGGUUCCAUGCUGUCAUUCAUGGCAGCAUUCUGGACGUUGGGGAACCUUUUUGUAGCCGGCUUGGCAUGGUUGAUCAUCCCUAGGGAGAUGGGUUUUACGAGCACAACGUUCACGUACAAUUCUUGGCGAAUUUUCCUAUUGAUCUGCGCUAUUCCGUCGUUCGUUGUAACGGGGUUGCUUCUGCUACUCCCUGAAUCUCCCAAGUACCUCUUAUCUUCCGGAAAAUAUGAAGAGGCACUUGAAAUUUUUCGCAAGAUAUAUGUUAUUAACACCGGCAAACCACGCGAUUCCUACACGGUAAAAGAAUUGAUCCUGGAUGACUAUCAAGAGUCAAACCCGGUGAAAGAUGAAGUUGAAGAAAAGAGCAAGUGUAAAACUAUGCUGGGUGACAUCGUGGAGAAUAGUAGACAGCUAUUCGUAACACCUAUACUUCGCUUUACAAUAAUAUCGAUCGUUAUUAAUUUCACCUUCCAUAUCGGUUACUACGGUCUGAUGAUGUGGUUUCCUGAGCUGUUUAACCGUUUCGACGAGUUCCAUCGCGAUCAACCAGGCGAAGUGGCUUCGAUCUGCCAAGUUACCGAUUAUGUCGUCAACAAGGGUUCGCACAGCGUCGAGAACGUUUGCUCCGAUAAAAUCGGAGCUUCUGUCUUUAUGGAAUCCCUCAUCACAGUGGCGUCCGCCAUACCUGCCAAUAUCAUUGCUGUUUUGGGAAUGGAUCGCCUUGGACGUAAAUUCUUUCUAGUGUUCAGCACAUUUUCAUCAGGACUGUGCUCGAUCGGCUUAUACUUUGUGUACAACAAAUAUCAGAAUUUGACUGUGUCAGCCAUCUUCAGCGGUGCGAUAAGUUGUGGUAAUGCAGCAUUGGAUUGUCUCAUUACCGAGGUGUUUCCGACGCAACUGCGUGCCACCGGGAUUGCUAUCUCGAUGGUCGCUGCCCGUCUCGGCGGGAUAAUUGGUAAUAUCGUUAUAGCCCAACUCUUGGACAUGUAUUGUCCAGCACCGACCUUCAUAGUGGCGGCACUUCUAAUUGGAGGAGGUUUGCUGUGUUUAUUCCUACCUAACACAACGCGCGAACCACUUUCCUGACCUCAGC